UGAAAAUGCAUCUUCGAUAUCAUUUUAAGUUAUUUAGGGUUAAUAAAUUGAAAAUGCAGCGAUUUGACCAUGUUUGUCGAUUCAUUUAUUUCAAUCGUGGUGCAUGCCAACAGGUGGCGCCUGUGGCUGCUGUUACCGCGAAAUCGAUACACACAUGAACGUAUAAAUAUCGCGUCUGAGGAUUUGUUCGUUUUGGAAAGUCACCGGAGCACGGCAUAAACGAAAAACGACAAAUCGCUUUGUUUUGUACUCUUACAAAAAAUAUGCCUGCUUUUUAGAUUACGUGCUUCUUCGCAUUUUGUUCGCAUAAACAACUUUCGAUGUAAAUCCCUGACUGAACAGAGAAAAGCACGUUUAAUUCUGAGUCGGUAGCAAUUAAACACUGGAGGUAUUAUCAUUUUUACAAUCAACACCGAGAAUGCGGCAUUUCUAAUUGCUGCAUUUUUUUGUAUUGAUAUUCGAUAUAUUCUCCCUCGCAAUAUUAAUGAGAGAAAUCCUUUUAAUUGGCAAUCACGCUGGCAAAUACCCCGGAAUCUCAGCAAUUUGUAAGUUUAUUGGCAAUCACAACAGUAAAGCCAACCGAAAUACCACUUAGUCCUCAUAACUGCAAGUUCAGAUACAAUAAGUAUCUUAAACCUGCCAAAACUUAUUGUUAAGUCCGGUAUUUUCAUAGUAAGUUACUCGUUUUGCAAAUCAAGCCCUUAAGAAAGUGUGGAGGAUCAACAAUAUACAACGAUAAUUUACAAAAAGUGGUUGCUAAGUGACGAAACUGACGUCGACACCCCUAUGACAUUUUUUUUGGCAAAAUGGUCUCGCAGAAUGCACGAUUUAUACAAAUUUACCGGAAUGCCGCUCGCGCUGGGAUUAUCAGAUCUGAAACAACAUAAUCUUUUAUCGCAAGUUCAUUGUUCAUUUUGUGAUGUUAUAGUGCAACUAUAUCAAAGUAUUACGACCUGCUUAAAUUUCAAGACAUGUUUUUGAGAUUUUCUUGUAUAACUAUGAACGUGUUCAGAAAAUAAAUCUUAUUUUUAUUAUUUACAGUACUGUUACAUCAUGCGCACAGGUCUAGGUGUACCGGUCGUAGAUUAAAAAUGUACCAUCAAGUUUUUUCUGAGCUUGUUUAUCGUUGCUAAUUGUUAUUGAGUAAAAUAAUGGUGCUUAAUUACGUUUUAAUGGCAAUGAGAUUUCCAUAAUGAGAGAUUAAAUUUUCGGUGACCUUAUUUUUUGUGCGAGAUAUUUUCUUUUCGUUAUCUUCCGACUCAUUUGAGGCCAUAAUGGUAAACCUUUUUCCUUUGUGUCCCAAAACUCCCAUCAUUUUUACAUUAUUUUAAUUUACAUUGUUUGAAAUAUAUGAAUGUUUAAACGUGAAACAACUUUGUUUCAAUGCUGACAAGCUUUUUUUGAUUUUCCUUGUCAUUAUCGUGAUGUCAUUUUUUCCUACGGUACCACUAGUUACUAUUGUCUUCGACCGACAACGCCAACACUGUCAGAUUUUCAACUAGGCAAAUUAAUAGAACUCAUUUGCAAAUUUAUUUAUUUUAUUGUUUGCAUAGCGGUUGUUGCAAUGAAUGAACAAGAUAAUCUACCGCGUACCACCUACGCGACUCUCGGAAAUAACCACAUCUUUGUCCAAUAUGGUACCCCGUACUUUUUCAUAAAUAAAAUCUUUUUUAAUCUGUAAAAAUUCUAUUACGGCUCUGUCCACGCCGCUUUUUGUUUGUUUAACAUGCACACCGGCUCUUUUAGUAGUCGAACGGUACUAGCCAUGGAUACACUAAACGUUUUGGACUUUUUGGACCGAAUCGUCUCUCUAAUCAAACAAGAAAACGUUCUAACCCCCCAGGAAACGAAAGUCGUUGAAUAUGUAGAUCCCGAGCAGUUGAAGAAUAAAAUUGAUUUCUCCUUGACCGAACCAUGCGCGAAUUUGGAUGAGCUUGAGGCACUUUGUAAAAAAGUCGUACGAUACAGCAUAAAGACAAAUAGUGUGAAAUUUCACAAUCAACUUUACGGAGGAACGGAUUUUUUUGGUCUUGGAGCAACCUGGUUGUCAGAAGCCUUGAAUACUAAUCAACACACGUUCGAAGUCGCCCCCGUCUUUUCUCUAAUUGAGAUGAAGAUAAUUGAAGAAGUGAAGAAACUGAUUGGGUACGCGGACGGUGAUGGAAUAUUUUCGCCCGGCGGAAGCAUUUCCAAUAUGUACGGAAUGAUACUCGCGCGGUACCGGAGAUUCCCAGAGACCAAGACAAAAGGGCUUCACGGGUUGCCGGUUUUAGUGGCGUUUACGUCGGAAGCAGGACAUUAUUCCCUCCAGAAGUCGGCGCAGUGGCUGGGGAUCGGUACUGAUAACUUGAUCAAGAUAGGUACUGAUGAUUUAGGACGGAUGAUUCCGGAGGAGUUGGAAAAGGAAAUACUUUCGAGCAAAGAGAGAGGAUGUGUCCCAUUUUUUGUCAAUGCCACUGCCGGUACUACCGUUCUAGGAGCCAUAGAUCCUUUAGAUAAAAUCGCCAAUAUUUGCGAUAAAUACGAUUUGUGGCUACAUGUUGACGCUUGUUAUGGAGGCACCCUUUUACUUUCUAAAAAUUACCAACAAAGGCUGGGGGCAUCACACAGAUCGGACUCGUUUGCUUGGAACCCACACAAAAUGUUAGGUGCUCCGUUGCAGUGCUCAAUAUUUAUAACAAGACAUAACAAUAUUCUUCAUGAAUGUAAUUCAGCUUCAGCUAGAUAUUUAUUCCAACAAGAUAAAUUUUACGACGUCUCGUAUGAUACUGGCGACAAAAGCAUACAAUGCGGUCGGAAGGUCGAUAGUUUUAAAUUAUGGAUCAUGUGGAAAGCCAGGGGAUUAUCGGGCUUCCAAAAACUCGUAGACAACGCGUUGGAUUGCGCCAACUACUUUAAGUCGAGAAUUGAGGCAACGGAGGGAUUUCGACUUGUGCAGCGCGAGUUCGAGGCGACUGCCGUGUGUUUCUGGUACGUUCCGAAGACGAUGCGCGGAAGAGAGGAGGACGGCGAAUGGUGGCAAAAAAUGAACAAUGUGGCUCCCGCAAUUAAAGAAAAAAUGGUGAAGAGUGGCAAACUGAUGAUAGGUUAUUCGCCUCUUCACCAUAAAGGCUUAUGCAACUUUUUUCGGAUGAUUACUACUUGCCAUCCAGUCGCAACAUAUUCGGACAUGGACUACGUCAUCGGCCAAAUACAACAAUUUGGAGAGGCUUUAUAAGUUUUUUCUUUAAAUAAAACAUGAAGCGUAGAAAA